CCACCUCAGUCCCCUGCAAAGAAUAUUCAUUUAACAGAAAUCUCACUACCUGGAAACAUGCACAAACGCACAAAGAUUAAGAUUGCUGUCUUCGUACUGCUGGUGGGAAUGGCCUGCAUGUUCACGGCAGUAGUAACGGACCACUGGGCAGUGCUCAGCCCGCUGGUGGAUAAAGUCAAUGAGACCUGCGAGGCGGCCCACUUCGGCCUGUGGAGACUGUGCAAGAAGCACAUCUACAUGAGCUCGGAAAACUACGUGGAGGGGCACGGCUGCGGACCCAUCAGCCUGCCUGGAGAGGAAAACUGUACUUACUUCAGACACUUCACUCCAGGGCAGGAUGCUGAGAUAUUUGAAUAUAAAACACAAAAAGAGUACAACAUCUCCGCUGCAGCCAUCUCCAUCUUCAGUCUUGCCUUCAUAAUCCUGGGGUCUCUGUGUUUGAUGGGAUCAUGUACUGGAAAAGGCAAAGGAAGAGACUACCUCCUCAAACCUGCUGGAAUGUUUUUCGCAUUCGCAGGUCUCUGUUCCUUCAUUUCACUGGAGGUAAUGCGUCAGUCAGUCAAACGCAUGAUCGAGAGCGAGGACACAAUCUGGAUCGAAUACUACUACGCCUGGUCCUUUGCUUGCGCCUGCACUGGCUUUGUCCUCCUCUUUCUCACUGGCAUCGCCCUCCUGAUCCUCUCCAUGCCCCAGAUGCCCAGAAAUCCAUGGGAGACUUGCAUGGAUGCUGAGCCGGAGCAAGUAGAGUGAUAGCUAAGCAGACCGAUGAAUACGGGAUGAGAGUGACAGGGUCUUUCGUUUUAAGAACAUAUGUUAGAUUCAUUUCAUGAACAAGAGCUGGUCAUAAAAGGGUAAGGCAUUCAUGAUGCCAGAAACUGGUUUGGGCGUGGAUGGACCAUAGCGAUGAUGGAGAAUUUACCUCUCUGCAAUUAUACAUCAACUCGAAUAUGGGCCAUUUUGAGUUUCAAAUGUUUACCUUAUCCUGUACACCCACCCAGAAUGUAAAACAAAGCAGUCUUCUCCAACAUCUCCCUAGAUAUGUUCUUGAGCUCGAAUCUGACAUGAGGCCUAAAAACCACUAUACUUCUCAGAAAGAGCCAGCCUGGGCCAACUAUCAUCUUCAAUUAUUUUAUAAGGCGUUUAGUAUGCUUCAGUUUUUCUCUACAACUCUAACCUUUUACUGCUGGCACAUAUAAAAAAGAAAUGUUAAAAAGGAUUUAUCACACGUCACUGUUAUGUGACCAUGGUCUGGUUUGGUCUCCCAAAUGUCAUCAUUAUGCGCAUUUGAGAAUACAGGUCAUAUAGUUAUGUACAUCUACAACAAGUGACUUUAUGUGAUUUUAUGUACUGCAUUAUGUAUGAUAUCUUGUACAUAUCUAAUGUUUGU